AUGGAGGGCGAUCCCAAGUGUACCCCCCAGGGAAGCGCGGGGGAGGAAGAGAAACCUGGAAAGAGGUUGGUGGUUGAGAACUGCGGAAUCUACAUGAACAAAAUGAAAAACGCAGGAGUCGUGUGCAACAGAAUAACGGAGCUAAACAUUAACUCAAGGAAGCAAGUCUCUACGACCAAAAGUGACAGUUCACAAAUGAAGGAUAUCCUAUCUCAUGGAAACGAUCAAGCAAUGGAAAUGCACCCAGCGAAGAGACCACUGACUUCCUACUCCACCUAUGAAAACCAAAACAAGUAUUUCGAAACAAAACUAGUUCCAGACAUGCAAGGAAAAAUGAGCAUAUGCGUAGGGAGAAAAAGCGGAAGUGCUACAGUGAAUAUCAGUAUUGAUGAGUAUGAUCUUGGGAAAACAUACAGCACUUGGAAAAAAAUUUUCGAUAAAAGUUCUCUCCAGAAUAAAUCAAACCUAGUGAACAACCUUUUUCUAACUGUAGAUGAGGACGCCGAUAGGAGUGAUAAACUUCCAGUUAUUAAGAAUAGAAACCCUCCCUAUGCCAAUCCUGAUGGUCCAUUCGAAAAGGAACGGUUAGACUUACCUAAACAGGCCAGAGACAACUUAGACAGAACCCUCACUCCACUUGAUUGUGCAGACACAAAUUCUCUUUUUAAGAAAAAAAAUUUUCAUACCUAUCGGGAUUCCUUUCUGUUAAUGCGUCCUCAUGGGGAGGUUCUUCUGGACGAGGUCAAGGGCGUAAGGAGGACUCGCUUCCCCUGGGCGCACUCCAACCGUCUCAAGCACAUCCUCAGCUACAGCUACGCAGCGGGCGCAGACGCGAUGAACGGUGACACGAACUACGAUCACACGAACUACGAUGACAAGAACUACGAUCACACGAACUACGAUGACAAGAACUACGAUGACAAGAACUACGAUGAUAUGAUCAGUAGUCAUGCCUCAAACGACGCGCCACCCCACUUCGGAUCACACCACGUGAACGGCAACAGGGAAUUCGCAGGGGAGGGGGGAUGCUCCUCCCACUGCCAUACCCCAAAUGAUGCAUCGAAGGACGUGUUCAAUCAGCAGGGUACCUGCUAUAGAGCCCCCUCGCUCACCGAAAUUGAGUGA